CUAGCUAUCUGAAAGAAGGAAAAUAAAUUUUACGGACAGGUUAUCUGUGUUGUUCCUUUAAACAGCUUUCGAUUAUUGCUGGUUUUAUUUGAUUUGCAUUCUGUAUCUGUUUGUCUGCGCGAGCGGACGAGUGGCUCUUUUUUUGUUGCAUGCUUUAGGUUGUUUGUUGCUGAUGUUGUUAGCCAGAAAGCAGUUAGCUAAAUAGCUAGCUUCUGCAUUCAUCAUUUCGCUGGUCAACACGUUCAAGAUGCCUCUGGGUUUGAAACCAUGUUGCGCUGUCUGCAAAACAAACUCAUCGUCUAUGUGGAAAAAGGGAAACCAAGGAGAGAUCCUGUGCAAUAACUGCACGGGGAAGAGCACCAGCAGUGGAGCAUCUGGACCCUCGGUGUCCUCCAACACACUACAGAAUAAUGGCGGGGGCAAGCAGUCUAAACAAGAGAUCCACAGGAGAUCAGCACGGUUGAGGAGCACAAAGUACAAAGCCCCUGCCUCUGAGAAAAAGGUGUCUACCAAAGGAAAAGGCAGAAGACACAUAUUCAAACUAAAAAAUCCAAUCAAAGCACCAGAAUCUGUUUCCACAAUCAUCACAUCAGAAUCAGUCUUUUAUAAGGGUGUGUAUUAUCAGAUGGGAGAUGUCAUCAAAGUGACAGACGAGGAUGAUGGGAGGCCGUACUAUGCACAGAUCAGAGGUUUCAUCCAGGACCAGUACUGUGAGAAGAGUGCCGCGUUGACUUGGUUGAUACCAACCCAGGCCAGUCCUAAGGACCUGUUUGAUCCAGCCACUUACAUUGUUGGUCCAGAGGAGGAUCUACCCAGGAAGAUGGAGUACUUGGAGUUUGUGUGCCACGCCCCCUCGGAGUACUUCAAGUCCAGGAGCUGCCCCUACCCCACCAUUCCUAUCCGUCCAGAGAAAGGCUACAUCUGGACCCAUAUUGGACCCACGCCGGCCAUCGCUAUCAAAGAAUCAUUUGGCAACAGCAAUUAGCCGCUGGGACAUUUAACAUGAAGAUAUUAACCUUGUCUGUUAGUUUGCUAGAACAAGGCACUUGACCCAAAUUG